AUGGCCUCUCUCCAACCUCAACCCCAAGAAACCAAACCCACCGUCACCACCGUCACAUCCUCCACUCCCAGCCAAACAUCUAACACUUCCAACAGCACCAACAUCAACAACAAAAGCAAUCGUAAAUGCAAAGGUAAAGGUGGCCCUGACAACAACAAAUUUAGGUACCGCGGCGUCAGACAACGAAGCUGGGGCAAAUGGGUUGCCGAGAUCCGUGAACCACGUAAGCGCACACGCAAGUGGCUUGGCACCUUCUCCACCGCAGAAGAUGCUGCCAGAGCUUAUGACCGCGCGGCUCUCAUCCUCUACGGUUCCCGGGCUCAGCUUAAUCUCCAACCCCCUGGUUCCUCUUCGCAGUCUUCCUCUUCUCGCACCACCUCAUCUUCCUCCACUCAAACCCUAAGACCCUUGCUUCCUCGCCCCUCAAGCUUCGCUUUCAAUUUUCCCUUCCACGCUGCCCUGCCCUAUCCUUGCGGAGGCGCGUUUGCUAGCACUUUCAAUUUCACCCCUCCCGUGUUGUGCCCUAAGGAGAAUAGUAAUAAUAUAGUGCAUGUUCAUCACUAUCAUCAUCGUCCCCAGGAAGUGGUGCAAGAGCCUCACGCUCAAUCAACAUCAUAUCAAAAUUCGGAAUCUGAUUUGAGUUUAGGUGGGAAUAAUACUACUGCUGAUAGUUCAAUUAGAUCAACCUCGUACCAAAGGCGUGGUUGCAAGGAUGAUAACCGUUUGCAUGUGCAAGAUGGUGAUUUAUCGAAUCGAGAUAAACAUGAGAACAGUGCUGUAGAUGGAGUUAAUUAUGUUGGGGGUUCCGCUGAGUCUUCUCAGGUAAAUAUGGAGGCUUCUGUGGAUCCGGAUCUGUCUCUGGUGGGGACAGUGGGGCUUGGAUCUUCGUCUUCUUUGUGGUCCUUGGUGAAUGAGAAUGAUUACACUGGUAGUUUGUGGGAUUAUAAUGAUCCUUUCUUCUUUGAUCUUUAG